AGGUUCCACAAUUCCACAAGACUCCUCUUCCUCCUCGGGAGGGCGCUUCGAGGUUGUGCGGUCGGAGGACAACCAGUGCCCUGGCCGUGGGAGAUUUUCAGAGAUCGCCGAGGAAUCCGACCAAGUCUAUCCAGAGCAGCGGACGCUUUCGGCGACGGCCUCGUCUCGACUCCUGUCUACUUUGUGAGCCGCUCCUCGCUCGGUCUGGUGGGGCGGAGCGGAGAUCCAUCUGGGCUUGGUUGAUUCCUUCUUUUGCAGGUUUUGCUCUUAAGGUGUGGAUCGAUCUCAGAGAGUCAGAGGACACGAUAGUACGUUGUUAGUACUCUGUCAGACCUAUUUAAGGUGCGCCCACAAAUUUCAGUCUGAAAGUUCUCCAUAAAAUUUUGGGUUCAACUGAAACCCCCAUUGCCACCCUUGGCUUCAGAGUCCUGAAUGCAUCGUGUCUGUCUUCAGUUCCAGCACAGGGAUAAUUUCUUCCGAGAUCAGAAUCUCCGAUGAUGUCUGUGGCAAAUGGAGUGGCUGCUGCUUCUGCGAAGGAACCCAUGUUUUCGUUUGGUGUAAUUGCUGAUGUGCAGUAUGCCGAUAUCCCAGAUGGCCGCUCAUUCCUCGGCGUCCCGCGCUACUACCGCCACAGCAUCAGUGUCCUCCAAAGGGCUGUCAAUAGAUGGAACAAGCAUGGCAACAUUAAGUUCUCGAUCAACUUUGGCGACAUAAUCGAUGGCUACUGCCCAAAGGACAAAUCGCUGUCGGCGGUGCAGAAGGUCCUUGAUGAAUUCAACGUGUUUGACGGGCCAACCUAUCACAUGUUUGGCAACCAUUGCCUCUACAACCUUCCUCGCAGCAAGCUGGUGUCUUUGCUGAAGAUGCCAACCCAUUCAGAUCGAGCUUAUUAUGACUUCUCGCCAUGCCCUGAGUUCAGAAUUGUUGUUUUGGAUGCUUAUGACUUCAGUUGCCUUGGCUGGCCCCAUGAUCAUCCUGUGACUGCAGCAGCAACGAAGCUCCUGGAUGAAAAGAACCCAAACACUGACAAGAACAGCCCUGAUGGUCUGGUUGGCGUUGACAGGCGAUUUGUGAAGUUUAAUGGUGCAGUUGGCGAGGAGCAGCUGUCCUGGCUCAAUGAUGUGCUCCAGGACGCAUCGACACUUCAUCAAAAUGUCAUCAUAUGCAGCCAUCUCCCAAUGGAUCCCGGUGCUUCUUCCCCGGCAGCUCUCAUGUGGAACUACGAUGAGGUUAUGGCUAUUGUUCACCGGUACAACUGUGUCAAGGCCUGCUUUGCGGGGCAUGACCACAAGGGUGGCCACUCUGUGGACUCGCACGGUGUGCAUCACCGCACUCUUGAGGCUGCAUUGGAGUGUCCUCCUGGCACCAGCGCUUUUGGGCAUGUUGAAGUGUAUCCUGACAGGCUGCUGCUUGUAGGUUCUGACAGAAUGGCCAAUACUGAAAUCCAUUUUUGAGCCAUUAGACCAUUAGACUGAAUUGUCUAGCAUACGAAAUUUCAUGUGACCUCAUUGUUUGAUGGCAUUAUUCCAUAGGAACUGAGUUAUAUUCAAUAAUGAAAUGAAAUCCAUAUGAUCCAAAUUUAGUUUC